UUUAUCUCGUAAACCCCCCUCCCCCGCCCGAAACCCUCUCCCUACCCCUCCUCUCUCCCCCCUCUCUCUCUCGCUCGACCUGCCUGCUUCCAUGCUAUUUUUAUCUGAGGUCUGAGGAAGAGAACAUAGUUCAAAAAUAGCAGCCCAAAAUCCCAGAUUAAACGAAGAAUUCUAAACCGACCCCACUUUGUGUCGGUCCACUUUCCUCUCCGACCCUCCUCAAUUCCUCUCCCCACCUCCCUCUUCGAUGGAGGAUUCCGAUCGAAGAGGUGGCGGCGGAGGAGGAGGGAACCCAGCCGCGGCCCCCCUCCUCGCAGCCUCCGCCGACGACGACGGGGGCGGCGCCACCGCCAGUCGGAGCAUCCCGGUGAUGCUGGGACGGGCCACCUCGCGGCGGCUGAUGCGGGCGCCACCGUCGUCGACGACGGCGGCCGCCGUGGCGGCGAUGAGGGAGACCGCAGCGCUCCAGCUGGAGGAGCGCCACUACGACUGGGGCUACUCGAAGCCCGUGGUGGCCCUAGACCUGGUUUGGAAUUUGGCCUUUGUUUUGGUCUCGGCGUCGGUGCUGCUGUCGACGGCGAGGGAGCGGCCGUCGACGCCGAUCAGGGCGUGGAUCUUUGGGUACGCCGUGCAAUGCCUCCUGCACGUCGGGUUUGUGUGCUUCGAGUAUCGGCGAAGGCGGCGGCGGAGGACGUGGAGGAGGAUUAGAUGGGUUGGCGCCAGGGAGGAGGAUGGCUUGGAAGAUAUCCCGGAGAGCAGGACCGUUAAGAAAUUGGAAUCUAUUAAUGCAAUGAUUUCGUUACUCUGGUGGAUGCUUGGUUUCUAUUGGAUUGUUGUUGGUGGGCAAACACUCCUGCAAGAUGCUCCUCGUCUCUACUGGUUAACAGUGGUGUUUCUAGCAUUUGAUGUGUUUUUUGCUAUAUUUUGCAUCAUGCUGGCAUGUAUAAUUGGCAUAGCUCUCUGCUGUUGCUUGCCAUGCAUCAUAGCGUUUCUAUAUGCUGUGGCUGGCCAAGAAGGUGCAUCUGAUGCUGACCUUAGCAGACUCCUCAAGUUCCGGUUCCGUGGAGCCAAUCAGCCAAAGAAUUUUGAUCUUGGAAAGGAACAAGCAGUUACAGUGACAAUUAUGGAGCAGGAUUCAAUUGCUGAUCUUGCACUUCCUCCAGAGGACUCGGAAUGCUGCAUUUGCCUUUCCCAAUACGAAGACGGGGCAGAGCUGCACUCACUUCCCUGCAACCACCAUUUCCACUCUGGAUGCAUUGUCAAGUGGCUCCGGAUUAAUGCUACAUGCCCCCUCUGCAAGUACAACAUCCUCCAAGGUGAUGAAUAUGUCUGAUUUCGAUUCAUGUCUCCAAAUUCAAGUGGGCGCGUACCCGGAGACAGCUUGCCCCAAAUGUUUUGACCUCCCCAUUCCUGUAAGGCCAUUAACCCUGCUAUGCGGCCAAGUACUAACACCCAGGCAUUUUUGGCUGUCUUGGUUUGAGAAAAUUUCUUGUCAUGAAAAAAAAACAAAGAGAGAGAGAGAGAGAGAGAGAGAGAGAGAGAGUUUCUUGUAUAUUCUUUUUCUGACAGCUUGGCAUCAUGGAAUUUCGUACAUUUUGAAUGAUGCACACGAUAGGUAAAAUCCAGCAGAAAUUUUCUUGCACUGU